AUGGAGGUGAGGCCGACGAGGCGUCUGCUGUGCCUGGUGGCGGUGGUGAGCUGGGCGCUGGCGGUGGCGCGGUGCGACCCGCAGGUGCCGUGCUACUUCAUCUUCGGCGACUCGCUGGUGGACAACGGCAACAACAACUACAUCGUGUCGCUGGCGCGCGCCAACUACCCGCCCUACGGCAUCGACUUCGCCGGCGGGCCGUCGGGGCGCUUCACCAACGGACUCACCACCGUUGAUGUCAUCGCUCAACUUCUGGGUUUCGACAACUUCAUCCCGCCGUUCGCCGCAACGAGCGGGGACCAGCUCCUCGGCGGCGCCAACUUCGCCUCCGCCGCCGCCGGCAUCCGCGCCGAGACCGGCCAGCAGCUGGGCGGUCGGAUCCCGUUCGCGGGGCAGGUGCAGAACUACCAGACGGCGGUGCAGACGCUGGUGAGCAUGCUGGGCGACCAGGAUACGGCGUCGGACCACCUGAGCCAGUGCAUCUUCAGCAUCGGCAUGGGCAGCAACGACUACCUCAACAACUACUUCAUGCCGGCCUUCUACAACACGGGCAGCCGGUACACGCCCGAGCAGUUCGCCGACUCGCUCAUCGCCGACUACCGCCGCUACCUGCAGACGCUCUACAGCUACGGCGCGCGCAAGGUGGUCAUGAUCGGCGUGGGGCAGGUCGGGUGCGCCCCCAACGAGCUGGCGCGCUACAGCGCCGACGGCGUCACCUGCGUCGACCGCAUCGACGGCGCCAUCCAGAUGUUCAACCGCCGCCUCGUCGGCCUCGUCGACGAGUUCAACGCGCUCCCCGGCGCGCACUUCACCUUCAUCAACGCCUACAACAUCUUCGACGACAUCCUCGCCAACGCUGCCUCCUACGGGUUCACGGUGACCAACGCCGGGUGCUGCGGGGUGGGCAGGAACAACGGGCAGGUGACGUGCCUGCCGUACCAGGCGCCGUGCGCCAACAGGGACCAGCACAUCUUCUGGGACGCGUUCCACCCGUCGGAGGCGGCCAACAUCAUCGUCGGACGCCGGUCCUACCGCGCCGAGUCGCCCAACGACGUCUACCCGAUGGACAUCAGCACGCUCGCCUCCAUCUGA